GCUCUCGCGAGAGGCCGGCCCGCGAUCUCGUCGCUCCCCCUCCCUGCCUUCGGCCUCCCGGGCUCCGGCUGCAGCGUCAGCCUCGGACGGGCCUCCUCGGCUGCGGCGGCGGCUCCUCGGCCUCAGCGCCGGAGCCCCUCGGCGCCCCUCGGCCCGGUCCGCAGCGACGCCUCCGUUCGCCGCCCCGGCGCCCGCCUAGGCCGCAGCCGCAGCCCCGGGCUCGCGUCGGCGCCGCCCGCUCCCGGCCCGCCCCCUAUGGGCCCCGGCUAGAGGUGCCGCCGCCGCCGGCCCGCGGAGCCCCGAUGCUGGCCCGGAGGAAGCCGGUGCUGCCGGCGCUCACUAUCAACCCCGCCAUCGCCGAGGGCCCGUCCCCCACCAGCGAGGGCGCCUCCGAAGCAAACUUGGUGGACCUCCAGAAGAAGCUAGCAGAGCUAGAACUUGACGAGCAGCAGAAGAAGCGACUGGAAGCCUUCCUCACCCAGAAGGCCAAGGUCGGGGAACUCAAGGAUGAUGACUUCGAACGGAUCUCAGAGCUGGGAGCCGGGAACGGCGGGGUGGUCACCAAGGUCCAGCACAGACCUUCUGGCCUCAUCAUGGCGAGAAAGCUGAUCCACCUGGAAAUCAAGCCGGCCAUCCGGAACCAGAUCAUCCGCGAGCUGCAGGUGCUGCACGAGUGUAACUCCCCGUACAUCGUGGGCUUCUACGGGGCCUUCUACAGCGACGGCGAGAUCAGCAUCUGCAUGGAGCAUAUGGAUGGCGGCUCUCUGGACCAGGUGUUGAAGGAAGCCAAGAGAAUCCCUGAGGAGAUCCUGGGGAAGGUUAGCAUUGCGGUUCUCCGGGGUUUGGCGUAUCUCCGGGAGAAGCACCAGAUCAUGCACCGAGACGUGAAACCAUCCAACAUCCUCGUCAACUCCCGAGGGGAGAUUAAGCUGUGUGAUUUUGGGGUGAGCGGCCAGCUCAUCGACUCCAUGGCCAACUCCUUCGUGGGAACUCGGUCCUACAUGUCUCCAGAGCGGUUGCAGGGCACUCAUUACUCAGUGCAGUCGGACAUCUGGAGCAUGGGCCUGUCCCUGGUGGAGCUGUCCAUUGGAAGGUACCCCAUCCCGCCACCAGAUGCCAAGGAGCUAGAGGCCAUCUUCGGCCGGCCCAUGGUUGACGGGAUAGAAGGAGAGCCUCACAGCAUCUCACCACGGCCGAGACCCCCUGGACGCCCCAUCAGCGGUCAUGGGACGGACAGCCGGCCAGCUAUGGCCAUCUUCGAGCUGCUGGACUAUAUUGUGAAUGAGCCGCCUCCCAAGCUGCCCAGUGGUGUCUUCACCCAGGACUUCCAGGAGUUUGUAAAUAAAUGCCUAAUAAAGAACCCAGCAGAGCGAGCAGAUCUGAAGAUGCUCAUGAGCCACACGUUCAUCAAGCGGUCCGAGGUGGAAGAGGUGGAUUUUGCCGGCUGGUUGUGUAAAACGCUGCGGCUGAACCAGCCCAGCACGCCCACGCGCACCGCCGUGUGACGGGGUCCCGCGGGUGACCUGUCCGCCGUCCCACCUGCGCCCCGCCCCUCCCGCCCAGGACAGGCCAGCGCCUCCUCUCCCCACCCCAGCCUCUCCUUCUGCCUUCCGCGGAGCUGCCCGCAUACCCCGCGGUGGACACUGAGCCCCGCUCCCGCCUGUCCCAACUGGUGUGGCCUCCGGUCCCCAGGGCGGGUGACGCUGCUCGCGGGGUCUUCUCAGACCUGCUUACUUAGGUUUCAAACAAAACAGGGAAAGAAAAAGCAAACUGUGCCCGUUGUACUUGGCGUUCCCUUUGUUCUGGGGGUCGGUCUCUGGUGCAGCCCCGGGGGGUUAUUAGCGGGGCAGUAGGGGACACCGCAGUCUCCAGGGGAGGCAGCCUCAGAGGGAGCCUCGUGCUCCUGCGUGUCGUCCCCCUCGUCCGACAUCCGCCCGUGGAGGUGGUCAUGGGGUCCACUUCCUCCCCCUUCCCCUACCUCUUGUCACGCCGCUGACCCACCUGCCCCCAGGAGGGACCCGCUCAGCGCCUCCUGGGCUUCAGGGAACAGACUCUUCUGGCUCUUGACGGCAGCAGCCGAGCCGACGGUGGCAGAAGGAAGUGGCGGGCUUCCCAGCUGUCGGUGUGGCUGAGGAGCCUCGCAGAUCCAGCAGAGGAGGCCUGCGCUGUCCCCAUGCCCGCAGGCCGCACAUGUGGGCAGGUGGCUCCCUGUGUCGCCUCUGCUUGCCCAGGGGAUCGGAAGUGACUGCCCAGGCCACGUCCCUCAGGCCCUCGCAGGCCCGCCGCAGCUGCUGGGAGAGGGGAGGGGUCCUGUGUCCGACGGGAGGCACAUGCACACGGCUCAAGCCCCGGGCCCGGCCGCCCUGCCCGGAGGGAGAGCAGGGCCGCUUCUGAGGCUUCCCCUCGCCCCCCUCCAAGCUCUGAAGACGGCAAGGCUGGGGGCCGCCCCCCUAGGCACUGUGACGGCUCUCGGGUCCCAGCUGCUCUGCGGGGCGGCCUUUCCAGGCUCCUGUGCUUUUUCCUGUGGACACCAAAGAGGAGACGAGUUGCUGGCUCCUUCCACCGGCUUCCCAGGUUUCCGCCACUUCCAUCCCCAAAGUCUCACCUGGUUGAGGGGAGAAUAAAGAAGAUAGCCUGAA